AUUAGCUUAUGUUAAAGCUAAGACGUAAUUAUGAGAGGUAAACUGUUUGUUGCUUAUCUGUAUCUGCAGGGCUCUCUUCUGCCUUCCCUAGUUAUGGGUAUCUUUGCCUCAGAGUUUAAGUUGGAUGGGGAUUACUUGAUUGGGGGGCUUUUUGAUAUUCAUCAUGUCAGUACACCAUAUCGUCAUUACAAACCAGAAGCUAUCACCUGCUCAAGGGAACGUUUUAUUCUGUCAAGUUAUCGGAGGUUUCAGGUGAUGAAAUUUUCUGUUGAUGAAAUCAAUAAGUCCACCAAACUGCUGCCAAAUGUAACUCUUGGCUAUGAAAUAUUCGAUCACUGCUCUGACAUUCAGAACUUUCCUGGCAUUCUCAAACUUAUCUCAGGCAAUAGUUCCAUGUACCCUUUGGAUGAGCUGAGCAAGAAUAGUUCAAAACUUAUCUCAGUGGUUGGCACUUAUACAAGCACAGAGACUCUGACUAUGGCCCCGAUGUUCAUGACACAUCUGAUUCCUUUGGUCAGUUAUGGAGCUGCUAGUUCUGCCUUAUCAAGAAAGGAAAGAUAUCCAUCUUUCUUACGAACAGUUCAUCCCAAUAAAGAUGUAAUUGAAGUAGUUUAUAGAAUAUUGAAGAACUUCAACUGGCGUUGGGUUUCAUUCCUCUAUAGCGAUGGUGAUUAUGGUAAAGAUGGCUUGGACUUAUUUAUAAAGAAGAUAAAGGACACCGAGAUCUGCUUGGCAUACCAUAAAGGCCUUAAUGAAAAUACAGAUCAUCCUCUGCUGUUCAAACAGCUAGAGGCUCAAAGAGUGAAUGUCAUCAUUGUUUUUGCUCCUGAGUGGACUGCUGAGGCUCUGAUUAAAGCAGCCAUAAAACAAAAUGUGACAAACAAAGUGUGGAUAGCAGGGGAUGCCUGGUCCUUACACAAGCAGCUCCCCAAGGAAAAUGGUAUCAGAAAUGUUGGAACUGUACUGGGGGUUGCUGAGCCCAAAAUGGACAUUCCAGGUUUCAAUGAUUUCAUAUCUUCCUCUAAAGCCCAGUCUCAGCAUGUUAAUGAAGAUGAGGGAACAUUUUGUAAUCAGAUUUGCAAGUGCCCCAAUGUGACAGCUGAAGAUAUCAUUGAUGCAGACCCAUCUUUCAGUUUUCCUGUUUACUCUGCUGUCUAUGCUGUCGCACAUGCUUUGCACAACGUCUUGCAAUGCGGGACUGGGAGGUGUGAUAAAACUAUUUCAUUACAACCAUACAUGGUUCUAGCAGCGCUGAAGAAAUCAAACUUUAAACUUUUAACUCAAACUGUUCAGUUUGAUGAGAACGGGGACCCUAUGUCUGGUUCUUCUUCGAUUGUUUUCUGGAACAACAGUGGUGAUGCAGAGGAGGUUGGCUUUUAUAAAUUUCACCCGUUUCACCAGUUCUUCAUUGACAGAACUAAAAUCCAGUGGCAUUCAGACGGGGAGGAACCAGUGUCCUUUUGCUCCAAAGAAUGUCCUGAAGGGUAUUCAAAAACACAAGAGGGAAUCCAUAAGUGUUGUUUCAAAUGCACCAUCUGUCCAAAUAUGACUUAUAUCAACACUACAGAGGAUCCCUACAACUGCAUCAGCUGCAAGGAGACAGAGUGGUCUGAAGCAGGAAGUACACUGUGCAAUCUGCGCCUCGUGGAAUAUAUACCAUUCUCCGAUAGUGGCGCCAUAGUGAUCAUGUUUGGAGUCUGUGCUUUAAUAGGCCUCACACUAGCCAUGUGUGUUCUCUUUGCCGUCAACUACAACACUCCAGUUGUCAAAUCAGCUGGAGGACCGAUGUGCUUCCUGACUUUAGGCUGCCUCACUCUGGGUAGUCUCAGUGUGUUCUUUUACUUUGACAAACCCACAGUUUCUUCAUGUGUCUUAAGGUUUUUACCAUUUUUGUUGUUUUUUACUGUUUGUUUGGCUUGUUUUGUUGUACGCUCUUUUCAGAUAAUUUGCAUUUUCAAAAUUGCUGCCAAAUUCCCAAAGCUACUCAGUUGGUGGAUGAAAUAUCAUGGACAGUGGCUGGUCAUUAGUGUAGCAUUUGUCACUCAGGCUGUCUUACUUACUAUUGGUUAUUCUGUUGCUCCCCCAAAGCCUUACAGUGAUAAACUUUCCUACACACAAUUAACUAUACUUGGUUGUGAUCUCACACUUAUGCCAAUAUCUGGUUCUGUGACUUUACUCGCCAUACUUUGCUCCCUUUGUUUUAUUUUCUCCUACAUGGGAAAAGACCUCCCUAAGAAUUAUAAUGAGGCCAAAGCCAUAACCUUCUGCCUGCUUUUGCUGAUACUUACCUGGAUUGUCCUUAUUACUACAACCAUACUUUACAAUGGAAAGCACAUUCACACAUUUACAGCUCUGGCAGUUCUUUCAAGUCUUUAUUCGUUUCUAUUAUGGUAUUUUUUGCCAAAAUGUUACAUCAUUAUUUUUCAAAGUCAGAAAAACACUCAACAGCACUUCCAGGGUCUCAUUCAGAACUAUACUAAAACAGUCAACCAGUAGUUUAAACCAGAUAUGUUCUGCUUCGGAGAGUAGCUCAAGAUUAUUUUAGAGAACAUAGUACAAGUGAUGCAAUUCAAGAGUAGUCUUUUGGAAAUCAUUUGAACACAUGCACAAUAAAAUAAUAGUUUUUUUUGUUGUUUUUUUUUUUUUAGAAAGCCUUAAAAAAAAUUGCUAAAACAUUUAGUUGGUGAGAGAUUUUCUAAAACAUAUUAAAUUGUUUGCUGCACCUGACAUUGCUUUACAGAAUAAAAAACGAUACCUGAACAUAUGUUUUUAUUUAAAAGUAAAUGUUUUAUGGUAAAGCCUUUUUAACAUAAAUCAAUAAAAAGAAAUAAAGAGAACAAUAAAAAUUGGUUUAUAAAUCUCAGAAUAUUUAACAAUUAAACACAUGCAUAGUAGUAACCUUUGUAUAUAUUCUGUCCAUUGUUUCUCUUUUUAUCUCUUUAAACAUUGAUUAUUAAAAUAUAUAGUAGAUCUCUGCAUAUAUUAUUACCUUAUACAGUUUUUCAUAUUCUAAUACAUUGCAUGGUUACAGAGAAGGUUGUGCAUCACCAAAGAGGAAAGCACUAGCAAUAUAGAUAAUAUAUUCUUAGCAAAUCAGUUUUUGCUUUUGCUUUUUGAAGGACACUGCUUGUUUGUUGUUGUUUUUUUAACUAAAUUUAUGUAAAAUUAGGUGAUAAAGGAAAAGCAGUCAUCACUGUAUUUUUGGUUCCAAAAAAGCAUGAUACUUAUAUUCUUAUUUAU